GCAGAAGUCCCCUCCCGGAGUCGGGUCUUUCUAAAGAGCGAGUUUUCCGGAGUGCCGUUUGACGGCUUGGUGUUCUCCAGUGAUAGCGCUAGUACUACAUCGUACACACGCAUGCAUCACGUUGCGCACAUCAGACAGUACCCGCCUACUGGCCCGCAACGGUCUGUGGUUGCCGAGUUCAAAAUAAUUCUACGUACCGUGUGUGAGUGUUUCCGACGGAAGGACGCCCGCGCAUGGCCGGUCUGUAUAAAGGCAGUGACUUGUGCUGCGGAUUCUUCAGUUCGUGACAAGCCAGUGGACCCGAUACAAGUUCUGUCAGUGUGAGAAGGGAAAAACAAACCUUGGUUUACAGUCCAGUGGUUUUGGCAAUUGCAUUCUAGACAAGGUAAAUUGGACAGAACAAGAAAGCACGAGCGAAGCAUACAAGGACAGUUUUUUUCUGACCGUCUGCCAAACAAAAAAAAAGUUGAAGGAAAAAAGACCGUCGAACGGGAAAACUAUACAAUCCGGAGCGGACGGACGGGUGGAGCGGAGGCAGUUAGCCCACGGCCGACCGGAGAAUUCGGCGAGAGGGACUGGGGGAAGAAGAUACCGCGCUCUGUUUUUGAGACACACAAAAUGAACAUGAAACUGGACAGUCUAGUAGUGACCACCGGGACGGUGUGGCUAGCCUUACUCCUCGUGGCUCUCAUGACCGGUCCCAGCAGUGCGAAGCCCUUGGACGAAGCAGCCGGUUUUCACUACAGCAGAAAACCCAGCAGCAGUCAUCGGGACUGGGUUCGAGUCCGAUCUUCGAGGACUUUGCCCGACUUUAUCUCAGGCGCCCUGGAGAAACUUCAACAUCGAGAAAAGAGAUUCCCAAGAGUGCCAAUGGGUAUCAAAUGUUCAGCUGAUACCAACUGCCCGACAGAUCACUGCUGCGCCAUGAAACUCGGCAACGCAGUGUGCAUGCCCCUCCUCAGCAGAGGCCGGUCGUGCAUGGUCAACAGCCGGUCCGCAUAUGCACCCAAUGUACUCUUCACACAGUGCCCUUGCAGCAGUUUACAAGAAUUAUCAUGUGCCCGCAGAGGAGCAGGCAACAGGGGAGUCUGCAGCUAGACCACAGCUGGUUGACUGUUUGUUCAAAAUAGUGACAGAAGUCCAACUUUAAGAUUAUAUAUAUAUUAUAAAAACGAAACAUUGAAAAAUAUUCAAAAACAAGUUGACACGAACUGCAGCUCUGAAUGUCAGCUAAAUUGUAAAGCGACACGAUGGACGGAUACCUUCUACGGAGAUCCUCCCUUUAUUUCAGAACUUGUAAAAUGACGCGACGGAUAUUCCCUCAAGACAACUCAUCAAAGACAUCCCAAAGUUUGGAUCACCGCUUGUACAGUAAUGUAGCUCAGCGCAUCCGCACACAGCACGCACUUGUUGGCCGUAGUCGCACACCGCCAUACGCACACGCCGUACGUCCAGCACACAAACACUGACGACGAUGUUUUGUCAUUUUUUCUCUCACACAUCUCAAGAAGAACGUCCUUCGCAAAAGGCGAAAAACACUUGAAACGGAGGACCUUGGCCUGUGAACUUCUCUCUUCACUUUAAUUGUUUCACUUGCGGGUUUCUCAAGUGGUUUUUAUCAUUUGAGUCGGAAACUUUCUACAAGGCACGUGUAGAUAAGAGUGAUAUAGCACUGCAAGAGCGACUGGAGCGAAGACUAAACGACCUUGUCUCUCCCGAUUAAGACGCAGUGACUCGAUAUCAUGCCGACCACAUCGUUUGAUGUGAAUCGUGUUUUCUUUCUCAGCGAUCAUCACGGAGACAUUCACAAACUGCAGUGUGAGUCUGGCUCCCUCUUCAUCCAUCAUCGACGAUGACGCUAUAACUGAAAUGACUGACUAAAAUCCCAGUAUAGAUGCCAUUUAUGGAUGCUAUUACUAUUGUUAUUAAUUUUCCUCCCAAGUUAGGAGCGAAACACUUUUGCAAUGCGGGUAUUAGAAGUACGGGAACGUUCCCGAACAUUAUACAAAAUAGUGAGCUUUCAAAACGAAGAAUUCUGCUGCUUGAGCAGAGGCUAACGAAGAUUAAAGUGAAAAUUGCCUUCAAUAAUAUUAGCAGCGGGUGCUUUCUUGUGUAUAUUAUGAUUUGCAUCCCUUACCUACGAUAUAAUGCCAUGUAUAGAAAGCUCCUUUAACAUGAUGCCGCCAUCUUGGUCUGGUUCCCUGUGUACAACUGGUGAUAACCUCGGCCCUUCUUCUUUGAAUUGAAAACAUGUAGUCUUUACUGCUGUUGCACAAAGGGAAUGAGAUAAAAGUUGUGGCGUCAAUUUAAAGUCCAAACCCUUCAGGAGUUAAAUAAUUUCAAUAACUUAAUUGUUAAAUUGCCUUUUAUGUCUAAUAAGAUGGCUUCAUCGCAAAAACACUGGUGUAACACCAGUGUAACACUGGUUAAACAGCAGCUUGUCACUGGUGUUAACACUAGCAAGACAGUGAUGUAUCACCAGUCUGACACUCGUGUAACACCA